AGCCACUCUCCUCUAACCUAUCUCACCAACUCACAUCUAGAAGCUCUUUAUCUCUCUCUCCUUCAAUUUUUGAAAUACCCUAUAAAUCCCCCUCCAAUUCCACAAAAGGGUCAGCUUUGUUACUCAACCCAACACCCAAAAUUAGCUUUUUUUAUACACAUAUUGUUCAUCAUCAUAAGAAAAUUGCACCUCAUAAAAAGAAAAAAUCCAACAUAAAAUAACAAAAAAGUGCUCUUUCCAAUUACCAUAAAAUAUAUGAGUAAUUCAUACCCAAAAUAUAGAAAAUAAAUUCAUCACAUAAUUAAUUUAAUUAUUAGAAAAAAAAUGGGGAGGUCCCCUUGUUGUGAGAAAGCUCAUACAAACAAAGGAGCAUGGACUAAAGAAGAAGAUGAUCGAUUAAUUGCUUAUAUUAAAGCUCAUGGUGAAGGUUGUUGGCGUUCGCUUCCGAAAGCGGCCGGCCUCCUCCGGUGCGGCAAAAGUUGCCGUCUCCGGUGGAUUAAUUACCUUAGGCCGGACUUAAAAAGAGGUAAUUUUACUGAAGAAGAAGAUGAACUCAUCAUCAAAUUGCAUAGUCUUCUUGGUAACAAGUGGUCUUUAAUAGCUGGAAGAUUACCGGGAAGAACAGAUAAUGAGAUAAAGAAUUAUUGGAAUACCCAUAUAAAAAGAAAGCUUAUAAACAGGGGAAUUGACCCAGUUACUCAUAGAUCUUUAAAUGAAGUUGGUUCUCAAUCAGAUUCAUCGCCAGUAACAACACCAAAUUCAACUACAACAACAAUUUCAUUUUCUGCUCCAAUUAAAAUUCCCAAAAAAGAGGAAAUUUUGGGAAUAAAAGAUGAGAAAUUUGACCAAAACAUGCGAGAAAAAUGGAUAGAAAGAUGCCCAGAUUUGAAUCUUGAUCUAAGAAUUAGUCCCCCAUAUCAACAAAAUAAUAAUACAGAUAAUAUAAAAACAGGGACAAGGAUUUGUUUUACUUGCAGUUUGGGGUUGGAAAGUAGUCAAGAUUGUAAUUGCAGUCAAAAUAUGGUUGGUUGUAGUACUACUAGCAAUAAUGGUGGCAGUAUUUGUUAUGAUUUCUUGGGCUUGAGAACUAAUGGUGCUUUGGAUUAUAGAAGCUUGGAAAUGAAAUGAUUAUAUAUUUAAAGAAGGUUGCAUUGCCCUAUUGCAACUAUGUUGUAAAGAUUUUGAAAUAUUAUCACCCAAAAAUAGAUUGCAUUGACCAAAAUUUGUUUCAGGACUGUCAGUGCAAUCGUGAUCGAAAUCGUAUUUUUUUGCUCUAUAUCAGAGAUUAUAUAUAUUUCUAUUUAACUGUACUUAAAUAUAGAUGAGAGAAGAAAUUGAUUUUAUUUUGUUUCAAAUAUAUAAGAUAAUUAGACUCGGACUAA